AUGGAAUCGCAAGGACCUCCAAUCUCCCCGCAGCCUCAUGUCCCUAAAUCAGGCGUUUGGUGUCCGGCUGUGACCAUAUUCGACCAAUCAACCGAUGCAUUAGAUCUCGAGUCACAGAAGAAAUACUAUGCGUACCUGUCACGCACCGGGCUGGCUGGCCUGGUAAUCAUGGGCACUAACUCCGAAGCCUUCCUUCUGACACGCGAGGAGCGUUCGCAAUUGAUUGCGACUGCACGCGCUGCAGUUGGCCCUCAUUAUCCACUGAUGGCUGGCGUGGGCACCCACUCCACCAAGCAAACCCUUGAACUGGCACACGACGCAGCGGCGGCCGGUGCCAACUAUCUGUUAGUCCUACCGCCGGCCUACUUCGGCAAAGCAACCAAUAUGAAUGUUGUCAAGCGUUUCUUUGCAGAUGUUGCACGGCAAAGCCCCUUACCUGUGCUCAUUUAUAACUUCCCCGGUGUGUGCAACGGUGUCGAUAUUGACUCUGAGACCAUCACUGCGAUCGUCCGGGAAUCUGCCGCCGCCAGCCCUAACGGAGUCUCAAAUGUUGUCGGAGUGAAAUUGACCUGCGGCUCUGUCGGCAAGAUCACACGGCUCGCUGCGACAUUCAGCCCGACUGAGUUCGCCGUCUUUGGAGGGCAGUCUGAUUUUCUCAUCGCCGGCCUCACGGUUGGGUCGGCAGGCUGUAUCUCAGCGUUUGCCAACGUUUUCCCGAAGACUGCCUCGAAGGUCUACGAGCUUUUCACCGCUGGUAUGCUGCCUGAAGCAAUGGAGCUGCAGCGGGCGUCGGCGCUAGCCGAGACACCUUGCAAGGGUGGGAUCGCAUCGACUAAAUACGCAGUGGCGUUGUACUCAGCGCCGGCGGCGGGGAUUGAAAAUGCGCUGGAGAGGCUUAAGCCACGCACACCAUAUGAGGAGGCCGGGGACUCGGUUAAGAAGACGGUGAAGGAGCUGAUGGAGGCGGUGGCUGUGAUCGAGAAAGCAAUGUAA